AAAUCGGCUAACAUUACUGUUAGCCAUUAGUAAACUGGUAUGUUUGGUACUUUAUGCAAAAACAAUGAAAUUCGAAGACUUCUUGAUGCCAUCAGGCGAAAAACAACGCAGAAGGAUCGCUCUUGAAGAGGAGGUUGAGGAGCUGCAUGGAAGACUCAAUGGGGAGCUGCAGUUAAAUGGCGUGCUACGAAGUGCAUUGAGAGGACCUCUUCUAUCCUGUCCUUGCCUUUCUUCAUUGCUUCCCCUGGAGGUUCAGGUACUUCUAGCAGAACUAGCAAUGGUGGAGAGAGAAAUUACUGGGCUAGAAACAAAAGUUGAGAGUUUGAAAAAGAACCUGUACAAAGAGAAGAAGCUCAACAAAGACGGCCAGCUAGAGCAGCCAGGAAAGCACCUUGAGAUGCAAUUACCCUACAAACAGCAAAAUCAAAGAGAUUGGAAGAGAUUAGAACGAAUUAAAGUUACACGAAGUCAUAACAGGCGAAAAUGUUUAAAAGACGGAAGGUUGUCUUUCGGCUCUGUUUCAGACAUGCAAACUUGCUCUUCUGUGGAGCCCAAAGAAGAAACUGCGAAGCGAUACCUGAGAAUCAUCAGAAAUAAACCAAGCCACAGCAUAGAUGCUGAAGUCAGCUGUGAGGAGCCAAAUAGACUCUCAGAAGAACUGCUCAAAUGCUUAAUAAGCAUACUUGUAAAGCUAAGCCAGAAGUCAGCCGAAAAAGAACCAAUGACUGGUGCUCCCAAGAAUACUUUAAACUGCAUCAACUCCAAAGGAUUUUCAUCAAAAAAUACAUUUAGUUGUAAAGCAAGAUCAUCAAUCACUAGCGACGAUGGAAAUUCACAGGUAUUUGAUAGCACAGAAAUUGAUUUUAGCCCCUACAAGAACUUCAUCCACAUCACAAGAAAUUCACUGAAAACAGCUCAGCUUUCGGAUUCUUGUCCUGCAACCAGAAAACUGAGGGUUUUGCUGCAAACUUUAUGCUAUGUGGACCUGUCAUUCCUGAGCAACAAACAAAAACUAGCCUUUUGGAUUAACAUCUACAAUGCCUCCAUUAUGCAUGCUUACUUACAGUAUGGGCUGCCAAAUACACAGGAAGGAAUGUUGACACUUCUGAACAAGGCUGCCCUAAAUGUUGGCGGAAUAGUGCUGAAUGCCCUGGCUAUUGAGCAUUACCUUCUUCGGCAUCCAAGUAUUUCAAAAUACGAUCUCAUAAACGAGAAAGAAGUGCUACUGCGUCGUGCUUAUGGACUACGCUAUCCUGAACCCAACAUUACCUUUGCACUCUGCCGAGGCAAUUGGUCUUCACCAGCAUUGUGGAUUUAUACUCCAGAAGAAGUGGUGAAUCAACUAGGUAGAGCAAAAGUUGAAUACUUGGAAGCUUCGAUACGAGUAACGAGCAAGAGAAAGGUCUUGGUGCCCAAGCUCCUUCAAUGGCACAUGCAAGAUUUUGCAGAUGAUAUGGAGUCAUUAAUAGAGUGGAUAUAUAGCCAAUUACCACCAAAUGGAAUUUUAAAAAGAGCAAUAAUGGAGUGCCUAUAUGAAGACAGAAAACUACCAACAGGAAAGAUGAUAGAAGUUGUGCCCUACCAAUAUGAAUUCCAGUACUUGCUGCCACAUUAGAAGCACCAGUAAACACGAAGAAACUGACAGACUGUUUCAACAGGCAAACUAAUAACACAGAAUCAAUGAAGACCUUCCAUCACGAUUGACAAACUUUUACGUAGCAGAAUAUCAUCAUUCAUAAAGGAAUCGAUUCAUAAUGAAUUCCCAUCUCGGUCCUCGAAGCAGUGAAAUUACAACCAAAUACUUUUAGUACGUUACUAACUGAUGGUUCUAGAACUCCUACGUAAUAGUCUAUAAUCUAGAUAGCACCAGGUACAUAGGGCUUAGUACAUGCUUAACUGAUAGAAUAUAGGCAGCACUUCAGCUGUGAAAUAUUCAUGUAAGAUGCAGUCAGAGGGUCCAGCAUUAUGGCACUUCCACAUCCCAUAUACAUAAAUUAACAGGUGCCCAAGUUGUUUUCUUUGAAAAUAUUGCAAAGCACAAACCAAACAAAAGAAAAUUGAAAGGUAGGCUGCUCAUACAUAAGAUCAAAAUUUCGAAAGAGAGCUUACUCGUAAAUAUAUCAAGAUUUAUCAUCA